UUACUUUCUUAAUUUUCUCAAACAGUUUAUGCAAUUACUAAUUUAAGUUUUGGGUUAAUUUAUACAGGCUGAAUAAGUAUUUUUUGGUAAAUUGUUCAUUGCUGAUUGCUUAUUGGCUGAGAUCAUGAGCAUGAGCUGAGUUAUCCUAUGCCAUCGAAACAGCAACGAGAUCUAUCUUCCAGAGCUACAGAAUCAGACUAUGCUGGGGGUCCAAACUGGUGAAUACAGACAUCAUUGGUGUUUCUCUAAGGAUUUUAAGAUCUGGGUCAGUCAUAAAAAGUUAAAAUUAACUAUGAUUUGAACAUUUCAGGUACUGAAAUUUCUUGAAGUAUUCAUUGUCUUGUGAGGAAGUGAUCGUUAUAGGGUUUGAACUUUUAGCAGAUAUAUGUUCAUGGCGUAAUUUGCUUUAGAAUGGAAGAUUUGUGCUUGGAUGUUGUGGAUUAAUUAUUUGUUUCGUGCAAAAAUUAUAAUUAAUAAAUCCUACCUUGUAUAACGUCGGCAAAUAGAUGUACCUUGAGUGGUAUGUGAGGAACUAAUAAGCUGUUAACUAUGGAAAAUGGGAAUGAGUUCUCUUCGUCCUUGAGUUUUGCAUCGUCUUCUGAUUUUUCAACUGCUGGCCUUGAACCAUCUAUAAGUCUCGAUUUAUUGAGUUUAAACAGACUUAGUGCCAGCCUCGAAAUACUCUUGCUUGAUGCCGAAUAUGACUACAGCGAUGCAGAGAUAGAAGUCGAGAGAAUUCCUGUGGGUGUCAAUCGCUGUAUCUUGGCUGCACGUAGUGAAUUCUUUCACGAGCUAUUUAAGAAAGGGCAUGGUAGUUCUGUUAAAGAAGGUAAGCCAAAAUAUCUCAUGUCAGAAUUGGUGCCUCAUUGGAGAAUAGGAUAUGAAGCAUUUAUGGUUGUCCUAAACUAUCUGUAUACUGGAAAAGUCAUGCCAUCUCAGCCUGAGGUUUCAACGUGUGUUGAUGAAUCUUGUGUGCAUGAUGCUUGUGGCCCUGCUGUGAAUUAUGCUGUUGAAAUGAUGUAUGCUUCUGCCACGUUUCAGAUUAAAGAGCUCGUUAUGCUUGUUCAGCGUCGACUCCUUAACUUUGUUGGUAAAGUCUCUAUGGAUGAUAUAAUUCCAAUCCUUAUGGUAGCAUUUCAUUGCAAGUUGAAGACACUUCUUUCGCACUGUGUCCAGAUAAUAGUACAGUCAAAAAUUGAUGAUGUUAUUUUUGAGAAGCAGCUUCCUUAUGAGGUUUUGAGCGACGUCAAUUCGCUUCGCAAUAAAUCUAAGCAAGACGAUGAACUUGAUUCAGUGGAAGUGGAUCAUGUGAAAACAAAGAGGAUUAGAAGCAUUCACAAGGCAUUGGACUUGGAUGAUGUUGAAUUGGUGAAGUUACUUCUCCGUGAAUCUAAUAUAUCUUUGGAUGCUGCUUCUGCUCUUCACUAUGCUGCUGCUUAUUGCAACCCUAAGGUUGUAAAUGAGCUGCUGAACCUGCAGAACGCCAAUGUAAACCUUAGGAAUUCUCGAGGAUAUACCGUGCUUCAUAUUGCCGCAAGACGCAAGGAUCCGUUAGUAUUAAUCAGGUUGCUGGACCAGGGUGCUUCCGUUUUGGAUACUACAAGGGAUGGACAGACAGCUGUCACCAUAUGCCGGAGGCUGACAAGGCCAAAGGAUUAUAACAAGACAACAGACCGAGGGCAGGAAUCUAAUGAAGACCGGCUAUGUAUCGAUGUUCUCGAGAGAGAAAUGUGUAGGAAUCCAUUGGCUGUGGAUGUAUCUUUUUCGCCGAUGACGGUGGUUGAUGAGUUGCACAUGAAGCUGCUGCUCCUUGAAAACAGAGGUAUGAGUUUAUAAUGAAGUCUCAUAAGUGAAAACAAUCUUGAAAAUGAACAUUAAAUGCAGGUCAAGU